UGUCUGUAAUGCGUGUCUGGUUCUUACAGGACAACAUGGUGAAGUCUAACAUCGAUAAGAAAUUCUCCGCUCACUAUGAUGCUGUGGAGGCAGAGCUCAAGUCCAGCACAGUUGGUCUGGUGACAUUGAAUGACAUGAAGGCCAGGCAGGAGGCGCUGGUGAAGGAGAGAGAGAAACAGCUGGCCAAGAAGGAGCAGUCCAAGGAGCUCAUGCUCAAGCUGGAGAAGCAGAAAGAGAAAAAGAGGAAGGAGGAGCAGAAGAGGAAAAUCGCCAGUUUAUCGUUUAAUCCCGAAGACGAAGGAGAAGAAGAAGAAGAGGAGGAGGAAGAGGAAGAAGAGGAUGAUUAUCCAACAAAGAAGAAGAAGCUGGGGAAAAAUCCAGAUGUGGACACGAGCUUCCUUCCUGAUCGAGACAGAGAGGAGGAGGAGAACCGCCUCAGAGAGGAACUCCGGCAGGAGUGGGAGCUCAAACAGGAGAAGAUCAAGAGCGAGGAAAUCGAGAUCACAUUCAGCUACUGGGACGGCUCAGGGCAUCGUAAGACUGUCAAGAUGAAAAAAGGAAAUACUAUCCAGAACUUCCUGCAGAGGGCCCUGGAGGUCCUCAGGAAGGACUUCAGUGAGCUCAGGUCUGCUGGAGUAGAGCAGCUAAUGUACAUCAAAGAAGAUCUGAUCAUACCACAUCACCACAGUUUCUACGACUUCAUCGUGACCAAAGCCAGAGGCAAAUCUGGUCCUCUGUUCAGCUUCGACGUCCACGAUGAUAUCCGUCUGGUGAACGACGCCACCGUUGAGAAAGAUGAGCUGCAUGGCUCUGCCGGCCUCACUGGCGGCUCCUUUGUACUGCGCCAUGUUGCUCUUUCUGCUCCUAACGCUCUCUAA